AAAACAAAAACUUUUGUUUAUUUUUUAAAAAAUCGAUUGCAUUUGGCAGAGUGGGGGGGGGGUAGAAGCCAGGGCACGAUUCCAGUACAUGCAGUGCCCGGGCUCAAACUGCAUUCAGGGAAUUUUCUCUCCAGGAUUCCGGGAGCCGCAGACAGGCAGCUUCUGCCUCCGGCCACCGGCUCCGCGGGUGCAGCGAGCACAGGGGAGCCCCGGGCCCCGGAGGGCGGCGAGGUGUGGACCCCGGCCGCGGCUCCUGGCGGCGGCGCGCAUGCGCGGGAGGACACCAUGGCAACCCGGUCGCCACGGCAACCCCGGGACGCUGUCAUGGCGGCUGGGGCCGGAGGGCGGCGAGGUGUGGACUCCGGCCGCGGCUCCGGGCGGCGGCGCGCAUGCGCGGGAGGACACCAUGGCAACCCGGUCGCCACGGCAACCCCGGGACGCUGUCAUGGCGGCUGGGGCCGGAGGCUUCGCGGCCGGUGCGCGGGCGCCCAGCGUGUGGCCGGCGACCUGGGCGACAGUCCCGCAGCCCCCGCCGUGGGCCGUCCCGCCAGCACCCCCGCCGCCGGGCCGCGCGAAGGAAGGCCUGCUGGAGCUGAUGGCGCUGCAAACCGCGCAGAUGCACCAGCUGCUGCUGAGCCGCCUGGCGGCCGCCGCGCUGCACCCGGACGCGAACCCCUGGAGCCCGCAGGUGCGGUGCGGCCGGGGCCUGCCGCUGCCGGCCAAGCCUGGGGGCGGCGGCACCUCUCGGGCGCCAACGGAGAGGGGUGGGGGGCGAACCCGGACCGCCCAGGUCUUCCAAAGGAGUCUCCGCACUGGGCUGGGCAGGUCUGCCGCGUGUCUGCACCCGGGACCCGGCUCUGUGGGUGCCCGCGGGGCGACACGGCAGUGGAUGUGGGCGGGCGGGCUGUGGCUGGCACCUGGCAAGGUAGGACGUGGAGGGGAGGGAGGAAAGGCGCGCGAGAAGCAGGAGCCUGAGGACAAGUCCAAGUCCAGGCUCGGAGGACAAGCGGGCUGUGCCCGGCACCCAGGCUGGCAGGAGCCGCCCCUCCGCCGGGGGCCUGCGGGUGACAGUCCCUCUGCGUGCCUGGGGCACAGGGCCGCGCAGGGCCAGAGCCUCCGCUGGUUUCUGGCUCCCAACUCUGGCGCCCACCUGGGAUUCUCUGUUCCCACUCGGCCAGAGGGGAGUUGCUCAGCCUCUCAGAGCCUCGUUCUAACUGACUUGCAAAAUGAAUGAUGGAACCCGCCUUUCCUUUCUGCUCUGCCCCCAGGUGUCCCUGGAGGGUCAGCAGGAGGACUAUGAGGAGGAAGGGGCUCUGACAUUCCACCACCACUACCUGCCCUGCCCGGUGCCCGCCCUGGCUCCCCCGGCCCCCUGGCCAGCC